AUGGACGCGGCGCCCUCGGACCGCAAGCGCAAGGCGGACGCCUUUGAGUGGGAGGCCUCCAAGGAGAACGUGAUGCCACUGAAGCGGGGCCGUAAUGUAGCGGACCUGAACAAAGCUCUGCGCGCGCAUGACUCAUUUCAGACCAAAUUGCGACUUGAGGACGAACUUAAGACGAAGGAAGAAGCCGUCGAGGCCUACGACGGAGACGAUCCGCUUGCUGCCUGGCUUGAAUACGUACGCUGGCUGGAAGUCAAGAUGCCUGAGGACACGCGCAAGAAGUUUGCUGUUCUUGAAAAGUGCACACGCGAGCUCAAGGACAAUCCGCGCUACAAGAACGACAUGAGAUACAUCCGACUCUGGAUCCAAUACGCGGACUUGGUGUCCAACCCCAAGGAUAUUUUCAAGUAUCUGUACCAAAACAAGAUCGGAGAGCGCGUCUCACUCUUUUACAUUGGCUGGGCCUACGUCUUGGAGACGAUUGCCAACUACCCACAAGCACACAAGAUUUAUUUAAAAGCCGGCCAGAAGAGCGCGGAGCCCCAGGAUCUCCUGGAGCGGAAGUACAAGGAAUUUCAGAGACGCAUGAGUCGACAAUGGCUGCGAAUGACCGAAGAGACAGGAGCAAGCGAAAUUGAUGAGGUAACGCAUCGCCGUGCUCUCGAAAGCCUUUCAGCCUAUGGGACAUUGGAACUAAACGAUGCGCAGCGUCAACAACUUCACCAGCACCGAGCGUCUGCUCGGACCCAACGCAUCCAGAAAGCCAAUGCGCACAAACCGGUAUUUGUUAUCUACGAGGAUCCUGUUGGACACUCUGUAGAUCCUUUUGAUGGUAACGGUGGAUGGAAAAAGCUUGGCACCAUGCAGCAACAGGACAAAGAGAACGAGAUGACUCCGACACAGGACGCCAGCCCUUUACAGGUUUUUGUGGAUGACGAGUUUUCUGUGCCUGAAAUUGAGUCGAAGAGACGGACUCCUCUGACACAUCGUUCUCAAACUCUACGACAGCGACUGGAUGGAGUAGCUACAGAGGAGGAAAUGCUGGCACAGGAACCACUGAAGAACUUCACUGCCAGCGACAAGAAGGCGCGUUUGCAGAAGCAAAUAACUAAAGGAAGAUCGGAAAAACCUUGUUAUAACGUGAAACAGAUCACAUCCCAGACGGGCGAAGCAAUUUCCUUCGAAGAAAGCCGAGCCCGCGCGUACCAGCAGAAUUUGGAACAAAAGCGUGAGCUUAGUCAUCGGGCGCUGCAAAAUGUGACUCGCGACGUGGACUCUGCCUCCAAUAGAAAACCAGAUCGUCUUGUAACUACGGCGCAGAGUGAUCCGGCAUCAACGCACAACGGUGAGCAAGAAGACAUGACUAUCAACACUCGUGUUGCGUUGGAAGACAUCAACAACAUGUUCUGCAGCCCACCACGACAACCAAAACCUUGCGUCUGGGAUGCGAAGGAGGAGGAUCCGGUUGAGAGAAAGCUUCACUUCAGCAUAUUUGAAGACUCGGUCGAUAGCGUGGCACUCAAUGCACAGGAUCAGUCCCAGCGACAAGACUUAAACGAGUCCGUUCCAAAUCAGACAUUCCAGGUUUUCACCGAUGAUGCCGCUGAGCCUCUGGAGCCACGGACUGGAAAGAAGACAUGUAGUCAGAAAAGGAAGCCUCUCGGUGCCCGAGAUGACCUGGUGCGUGGUGUACGUCUUACGAACAAAGACGUAAUUAUGCAAGCCCAAAAGGAUGCCGCUGAGAAGGACUCGACGGAAAGCGUAUAUUUUAGCCGCUGGAUUCAAGGCGCAACCAAGAAAGUAGUACGAAAGGGGUCAUCGAGCACAAAAAAACCUGCACCAGCUCUCGUGUUGGACCCGUACACUUAUGAAAACCGGCAAAAGUUGAUCCUUGAUCGACGAGUUGACUGGUACUUGUGUUCGAGACCUGAUGCCGUCAAGCUCCAUUCACUGGCUUUGCCACGGGUCCCCUGCACUAACCCGGUCAAGCGGAAACUGCGAAGGACGAUUGUCUUCAAGGCCAGCCCAACACUAACUCUCCAGCUAGUUGGAAUAUUAGGAUCAGGCUCGUUUGCGUAUGUCUUCUCAGCGAAGAUCGUUGACACGGCUAGCAAUACCACUCACAACAAGGCUGUUAAGAUUGAAAAGGAGCGCCAGAAUCUAGCUUGGGAGUUUUACAUCACAAACAAGAUCAAGAAAAAGCUGAGGAUUGAGAGAGGACUUUCGGAUGAGAAGAUUCCUGUUCCAACGUUUUCCGGGCUUCAUUUAUUCCCGGCACGUGAUUUUGCUGGUUGUAAGCUUGCCGACCUUAACGUGGCUCAUUAA